AAAGCCAAUGGUUUUGAUGAAGAAGCUUCGCAAGGCGAAAAGGGAGGCGCCACCUGGUGAGAAACCAGAGCCAAUUAGAACCCACCUGCGUAAUAUGAUCAUUGUGCCCGAAAUGAUUGGAAGCAUCAUCGGUGUGUACAACGGCAAGACAUUCAAUCAAGUUGAAAUCAAGCUUGAGAUGAUCAACCAUUACCUCGCCGAGUUUUCUAUUUCGUACAAGCCUGAGAUGAUCAUUUGUGGUGUAUGAAGAGAUAUUUCAUGUUGAUCAAGUUUUGAUUGUUGCAACCUUAGGCAUUUUAAUUAAUGACAAUUUUAUAGUGUUUCAUAUGAUUU